AUGUGGUCGGGUCUUCCUUUCGCCUCACCUCCAGCUCUUUCCAGCGCGCCAGGUUGUGAAGGCGACAGUAUUGUCAUAACGGUCUGCUCGAGCCAAGCAGCGUACUUUGCUGGCGAUGUCUACCGUGGUACGCUCCAGGUGCGAGGCCCCGUCUCAGCCUUCUCGUUCCCUGUCGCGGUUUCAGUUUCAGUCCAGCUCUGUGGAGUUCUGUCAACUUCGACCUCGCGUCGCCGUCUUCUUGACUCUCCCGCUCUCAACAGGUACCGCCAUGCGGCUCUUCCAUUCUACCGUUCUGGGGGGAAAGGCGGAGGAGCCGCUGCGGGCGACCAGGGGGUUCCUGGGAAGUUGACCGGUGCACCGAGCUGCGCGUCCUCUGCUUCUGCAUCAGCUCUUCCGGAUCGUUUGCCGGUCUGUGCUGCAGCUGGAGUCAGCGACGCAGGGAGUAAGGACCCGAUUUUUCCCGCCCUUUUCUCGUCGAGUUCGAAACUUCUCUUUCUCUCCGAUCUCCACGUCGUCACCGACACCCUGGUUUUCGAGCAGCCUGGAGUCACGUUUUCUUUCGGGUACGAGUGUUGUCUGCCGCCCUUCCUACCGCCGACCUUCAACGGGUGCACGACGAAAAUAAAUUACUACCUGUGUCUCACGGGAAAGAAGCGCGUUCCUCCACAGUCGGCUGUCGGCAAACCGGCAGCAGGUUUGCAACAAAUGUCAGCGCCGGCGGCUCCGACUCUCUCCACCGCUUUCCUUCGCCUCCCGAUUCGACUGCUCGGCUCUCCCAACCGGCACAUGCCUAUUCUUCCCACCCUCGGCCCUCCGGUUCUUCCAGCGACCCGCGAGAGUCCCUUGUCGACCCGAAGCGUUUCUGCUCCGGGGACGGGCUUCGACGGCUCUUCCCCGUCGUCUGCGGCCACGCAAAAACAAACGCCUGCCUCUCCGCCGUCCUCUGCCUCGCUCAGAAGCCGUUUCUUCUUGCCAAACGUACUUCGCGUGUUCGGCACGGGCAGCGCUUCGGCCUCUUCUCGACCGACUCCUCGCGAGGCUUCGCCGGCGCCCGCAGUGUCAGUUCCCUUUCCGCAGCCCGUCGCGUUCCACUUCCACUCGCGAACGUGGGAAGGUGGCGACUUGGCGGCUCAAGCGAUUAAGAGCGUCAACCCAGCAGCCCUGGAUGAUCGCGUUCUUCCCGAGUCUCUGGGGGCAGACAUCGCUUGGCUCCUGGGUGGACACAGAGAGCGGGACGCCUUCCCGUGGGACAGCCCACCGAGCUGUUCCCUGCUGGCUUCUCUCUCCUCGCCGCCGUGCGCCCUCCAAGAGAUGCUGGGCCUGUGGAACGCCAGCCGAAAUACUCGAGAGUACGGAACUGCGUACGUCGACGUCCUUUGCGCCUCGUCGGUCCCCCCGUUGUGGGCGGAAAGAGACGCGUGCGCGGAUUCUCCGUGGUCCUCCGUGCCUUCGAAGAGACUCCCAGACGCCGACUCGACCCCCGCCUCGACCAGCGAAGGGGCUGCGAUAUCGGGACUUGCGAGGGAGUUCGACUCUGCGGGAGGGUUCCAAGCGAGGAAGCAUGACCGGGGCAGCUCUUCCGCUGGAGGUGGCGGGGAGGCGAAGGAGACAGUCUCUGACUCGGAUAUGAUGAGCGACACGACGACACCGGCGCAGAAGCCCGGUGGUUCCUCCCCUAGGCAGCCUGGCGACUCUGUCAUUCCUGACCUUGCCCCCGACAGCCUGCCUUCGCCGUCUCCCGCUCCUCCGGGGCCCGCUCAGCGUCCGCCGAAUGGACUGCCAUCAGGUCGAGGCCGGCUAGAGGACUCGGAAGGAAGCGGAGAACAAAAUUCGCUCCCCUGCACGCCUUCUCAGCCUUCGUACGCGGGUGUCUCGACAGCGCCUCUCCCGUUGCUGCGAAUCGUGGUGGACGGCGACAAUGACGCGCCUUCCGGGAUGCCCGGCGAGGCAGGGAUUCAGCGGCGCGAGCAGUUCCGCAUUUCUCGAAGUGGACAGUUUCUGUGUCUGGUGUCUCUCCCUGGUGUGCCCUUUCUUUCCCUGACAAGAUUUGCCGAUUCACGGCGACCGGCACCAAUACCCGCCGUCGCGGACCCAAGCACCGCGGCCCCCUGCGUUCGGGUUGGCGGGUGUUUCAGUGUGCGCCUGAGUUUCGAGGGAGCGACUGCCCGCACGCACGAAGUCCACCUCUCAGUUGUUCGGGAAGAAACGCCUCUUCGUCCCCCAGCAUCUGCCGCGACGAGCCAGCAAGCGCUGGGUUCACACGCAGGUGACGACUCUCGGCCGACAACCACGCCCCCGAGUACGACACGCACGGCGUGGGGCGGAGCUGCCAGUCGAGGCGAGCAGGACGCGGCCGCUCGAUGCUCUCCAGACGGCCCGACGGUUGCGCAGGUCGUCUGGGAACAGCAAGAAGUCGUGGCGAGUAUGGAGGAGGUUUCUCUGGUCGCCCACGUGCCCACAACGUGCCCGCCUUCCUUCGAAACAGAUACGGUCCGGGUCACGUACGCUCUUGUUUUCCAGUUUUUAUGUGCCGGUGAACCGGCGGCCGCCCAGGCGCAACCCGAUCUGGGUGAGUCUUGUGAAGCGACGCCCGCUUUGCGCGGCAAACUUUCGAGAGACGACGUUGUAGGCUUGUCGUGGGAACUGCCUUUGAUCGUUCUGCCGCCUUUUGGAAACGGAGCCUCCAGAGAAGACCCUCAAGGAGCGCUGUGGGUCGGGGGCGGCUGGGAAGCUGUAGGCGACGCUGCGGGCGUCGCCGCGCACGAAUUGAAACUGAAGGUGCGUGCGUGGCAAGUGAAGAACGAGCAGCAAGUGGAAACAGAGACAGACGCCGACGUUCUACGCGGUGGAGAAGGCUGUCAGGAAGGGGAUCACCCAGCGCACCAACUGGACCUGUUGUACAGUGCAUCUGGAAUCGCUUUGUUGUUGGGUGACGGGGCGAAGUCCUUACACAGGGGUGUGUUUGUGUAA